CCACCUUUUGCAAGAAAACAAAAUCUCUAUAAAUUUUUCCUCUUGUCAACUCGAAUCUUUUUUUCUUUUGCAAUUUUUUUGCAUUCUGUUUUCGGGAUAAUGUUGAGGUUAAGCCAAAGUAGUUUUACAUUGGCUUUCCUUACAUUCCUAACGUCUACCCUGCUAUGGGCAUCUGUCAUAUCACACCAACUUCAGGAGGAAUGUGAGUUUGAUUACAUAGGAGGGAGCAAUAAAGGGCCGACGAAAUGGGGUGCAAUCAAGAGAGAAUGGGCCAACUGCAACUAUGGCAAAAUGCAAUCUCCCAUUGAUCUAUCAACCAAGACAAUCCAAGUUGUUAAUAGUAUGGGUCAACUUAAUAAAAGAUACAUUCCCUUCGGUGCCAUCCUCAAGAAUCGAGGCCACGAUGUUUCGGUUGGGUGGGAAGGAAAUGCAGGAUCAAUUGAGAUCAAUGGUACACAAUAUUUUCUUAAACAAACUCAUUGGCACUCUCCUUCCGAACAUACUAUCAAUGGAAAAAGGUACGAUUUAGAACUUCAUGUGGUACAUCAAAGUUCAAACCCAAAUGCCAAGUAUCCCCUUGCUGUUGUUUCCUUCUUGUACGAGAUCGGUCCUCCUGAUUCUUUCCUUUCAAAGGUGAGUAGAGAAAUAAAGGAAUUGAGCAAUGGAAAAAAAGAUCAGAUGAAAUUAGGAAGCAUAAACCCUAAUGAGAUAAGAAGGGGUGGGAUUAAUUAUUAUCGAUACAUUGGCUCCCUCACUGUCCCUCCUUGUACUGAAGGUGUCAUUUGGAGCAUUAACAAACAGAUAGGAACGGUCUCACAAGAACAAGUGAUGCUUCUGAGAUCGGUUGUUGAACAUUGUGCAGAGAAAAAUGCAAGACCAAUCCAACCACUUAAUGGACGACAAGUAGUUCAACUCUACGAUCCAAACCCAUAACCCAUUCCCAAUUGAAACAUAUAGCCUAUGUACUUUCUUGCAUCAAUCCUAUGUACUUUCUUUGGGCUACUCUCCAGCCUGCUUGUAACCCCAUUUUCAUUUAUAAAUGAACCCAUUCCCAAUUGAAAUAUAUAGUUCUCACUUCAUUUA